CACACUGGGUAAUUUGCGCCAUACCCAAUAUAAUUAUAAACCCGGUGUCGGAAUAAAGAGGUUAUGGCAACCCAGUUAAUUUAAAAAUAAAUUAUUUAGUGAAUAAAUUUAAAAAAUGGUAUCGAGAAAUAAACAAAAAGAGGCUACGAUUGCUGUCAAACUGGAAGAGCCACUGACAAGUGAAUCAUGUUCUAAAAUAAUUAUUGAACUUAUAAAGUAUGUAUUGUUUCAAAAACAACAGAUACCAUUCUCAUUUGACACUCUGAUGCAACUUCAAGGGAGAAUAAAACCAACAGACAAAAGUUUUAAUAACAACAAGACAUUAUUUAAUACUCUAGACAACAUGACAUUUCAACUGUCAUCACAGUUGCAUUUAUCUGGUUGUGAUAUUAAGGAAGUUGUUGUGAUAAUUGGUGCUACCACAGUAUCGCCAAAGUUUUCUUUGAAACUUGAAUUACCCCGUGUUAUUUUAAGCAGCAAAAAACACGCCGAGCAUCAGCAUUCUUUCAGGAAACCUCUUCUUACUCUUAUGAAAUCUCUAGUUGAGUGUCCAGAGUUCCAAGAAGCAAUGACAGUUCCCCUUGGUCUGACAAACACAUUCGUAUUGAUACAAAAAAGUGAUACUAAUAAUAAGUCUGAUUAUUUUUUACCAAAACCCCAGUACAAUUUACCAGCACAUUCGGGAUCGUGUUUCACUAUAAAACUGUACCACGAUGAUGACUUUAUACUGGACUGCAAGUGUCCUAAUUUAGUGAGGAUUUAUCACGAUCAGCUGGAGAAUAAUGUAGAUUCUGAUGACGUAGAUGAAAAAAUUGAUAGGAGAGGUUGCAUAGAAGCAGAAGCUUCUUAUCUUUGGUACCAGUCGAAAGAAUUUGUUAAAGGAUUUAAAUUUUUACGAUAACAAUUAUCUAUUUAUAUAUAAAUAAAAUUAGACACAAUUUUUAAAUUUUAUUAUUUUAAAAAGACUGUUUGAUAUUUUAAUAUUUUUAUUAUACACUCAAUUUAGUAUUAAGAUCACUAAUUAAUAAUAAUUUAAGAUUAAUGAAGAAAAUAUUUAAGUAUAUUUUUAAAAGUAUUUACGAUAAAAUUAUGAAAUAUCAAAUUAAAAAACGAUCGAUACCAACAUAUUAUAUAAUUUAUAUGUAAUAGACUUGCGGCAAAAGUUUUUAUCUUGAUUUUUUUUUAAAUACAUAUUUGAUUGUAAUAAAUUAAAUAUUGAGGGUCGAAUGUCAAUAUU